AUGGGUUUUCGCUUUGCUAGCUUAGUUCAUGCCAAGCAACUCAUUCAGAAGCCUUUCUCAAGUACAAAAGAUGUUCCAAAAGGGUACUUGGCAGUUUAUGUUGGGGAGAAGAGAAUGAAGAGAUUUGUAAUCCCUAUAUCAUUCUUGAACCAGCCAUCAUUUCAAGACUUGCUAAAUCAAGCUGAACAAGAGUUUGGAUUCGAUCAUCCAAUGGGAGCUCUUACGAUUCCCUGCAAUGAAGAUGCCUUCAUUGAACUUGUUUCUCGCUUAAGCGUUUAACUAUGAGUAGAUAGAAAUAGUAGAAUAACUGCUAACAAUACCACAGAUUACUACAAUUUUUUAAAGGCAGAAAUGCCAAAACCAUGUACAAAUUUUUCCUUGGAGACCAAAAGUAAAGUCUCCAAGAAUGAUAUAAAUGAUACAACUUCACUUUUUCUUCCA